AUGGAAAAGACGCUCCGAGUUGUUGUUGAGGGCUGCGGCCACGGCACCCUCAACGAGAUUUACGACCGGGCCAAGGUCGAGUCUGUCCGUCGUGGCUGGGACGACAUUGACCUCGUCAUUAUCGGCGGAGAUUUCCAGGCUCUGCGCAAUGUGGACGACGCUGCUUGCGUGUCGGUCCCCCGGAAGUAUCGCCAGAUGGGCGACUUCCAUGAAUACUACAGCGGGCAGCGGAUCGCGCCCUACUUGACCAUUUUCAUUGGUGGCAACCACGAAGCCAGCAACCACCUGUUCGAGCUGUACUACGGUGGUUGGGUUGCCCACAACAUCUACUACAUGGGCGCUGCCAAUGUCAUUCGUGUUGGCCCCUUGCGCAUCUGCGGCAUGUCUGGUAUCUGGAAAGCCUACGACUACCGCAAGCCGCACUUCGAGCGGCUUCCCUACAACAAUGAGGAUAUUUCCAGUGCCUACCACGUCCGAGAAAUGGACGUCCGCAAGCUGCUCCAGAUCCGCACUCAGGUGGAUAUUGGUCUCUCGCAUGACUGGCCUCGUGGGGUUGAAUUUUUCGGUGACUUUGAAGAUCUGUUCCGCAGAAAGCGGGGCUUCCGUGAGGAUUCCAGCAAGGGAAAGCUGGGUAGCAUCGCUGCCCGUGACGUUCUCGAGCGCUUGCGCCCCGCGUUUUGGUUCUCCGCUCACCUGCACGUCAAGUUUGCAGCUGCUAUGCCGUUCGACGGGCGUGCCCUCAUCAAGAAUGAGGCUGAUACUGCCUGCAAGUCUUCCGGUGAACCCGCCGCCUGGGCUGUAGUGGUCUCUGAUAAGAGUGCCAACAACAACGCCACCGACGAGAAAUCGACUCCUGCCGGCCCUGGCGCUCCGGUCUCUGCCGCUGCUCCGACCCCUGCUCCGACGAACGUCCCCGUGUCACAGAGAAUUGCUCUUGCGACGGGCGACCUGAACUCGCGUCUUGAAGCCUGGAACAACUUCACGUCGGUUGCUCAGCAGUCUGAGAGAGAACAAGCUGCGGCAUUUCUUGCCCAGGCACAGAAGUUGAGGGAGAAUCCGCCGUCUCCUGUUCCCUACACUCACAAUGUCACUUGGACAAAGGUUCGCUUGGGCGAGAACGGCGAGCGACAAGUCGUUGGCCGGGAGCAUGUCGUUCAUACGAACAAGAAGCAGAAGAUGGAAGAUGGGUCUGCUCAGAACUCCGAUGAAAUCGCACUUGAUUCGAGCAGCGGCUCGAGCCAUGGCUCGCCAUCCCCUGGUCCCACCCCUGCGAAGUCCGCCGAAACCACCAUGAUGAGCACCGACGCCGCUGAAACCGCCGCGGAUGCCGCCGCGGAGACGAAGACUAAUCCGACGGCCACUGUGCAUGAGGCUGUCGCCAGCGAACUCCGCAACAAACUCCCAGCAAGCCUCGCCCAGGCACCUCCCUCUCGCCCACCACAUAUCAAGACGGUCGUCCCAGAGGCUAUCAAGAAUGGGUUCACCAAGUUCUUGGCUUUGGACAAGCCCAACAACCACGAUCCAUUUGUGCAGGCUUUGGAGAUUACGGCCAUCUCCGACCAAGAAAAUGUUCACGAAGAGCGGCCCUUCCGCCUCCAGUAUGACCCUGAGUGGUUGGCUAUCACCCGCGUCUUCGCCACGGAUCUUGAGCUUGGAAAUCCCAACGCUCCCGUCCCCCCAUAUGCGGGCCACCAAUUCUACCAGAAUCGGAUCAUCGAGGAAGAAAACUGGGUUGAUGAGCAUAUCGUCAAGCCUGGCCGCCUCAACAUCCCUGCCAAUUUCACGCGCACUGCCCCCAAGUACGACCCGACUGUUCCCAUUUCGACUGCUCAGAUGCCCCCUGAGUACAACAACAUCCAGACUGCCGAGUUCUGCGAGCUGGUCGGAAUUCCCAACAAGUUCCAUCUGACCGAGGAAGAAAGUCAGGCCCGCAUGGCCGCUGGCCCUCGUCCUGACACCCGCGAUGGUGGUGGUGCUCGUCGUGGUGCUCGCCGAGGUGGUCGGGGUCGUGGUCGGGGCCGCAACGGUCCGUCUACCAACCAGUGGCUGUGA